AUGCCUGAAACAAAGGACAAGUCCAAGGUUCACAAGCUGUCCAUCCGAGGUCGGUACCCGUUCGAGGGAUCGGCUAAGCUGGUGUCCGAAUUUUUUGAAUACUCAAUCAAUUCAAUCUUGUUCCAGCGCGCUGUCUACCCUCCCGAGGACUUUACAACUGUCAAAAAAUAUGGCCUCAACAUGCUCGUGUCCGCGGAUGACCAGGUCAAGGCAUAUAUCAAGAAGAUCAUGUCACAGCUGAACAAGUGGAUGGCUAGUGGAAAAAUCUCGAAGCUUGUGGUUGUCAUUACCGACAAGGAGACCGGGGAACAUGUGGAGCGUUGGCAGUUUGACGUGGAGAUCUUUGGCAAAAGUUCCAAGAGCCAGAGUUCCCGCAAGGCCGGCGAUAAAGAGAAUGCUGUGCCUGGAGACGGCGACGGCCCAGCCCCCGAGCCCGUUGAAAAGACCGAGAAGGAGAUCCAAGAAGAGAUUCAAGCCAUCUUCCGCCAAAUUACUGCCUCCGUCACCUUCCUCCCCGUUCUCGAUGGCGAUUGCACAUUCAAUGUUCUCGUCUACGCCGAUGCCGACUCGGAUGUCCCCGUGGAAUGGGGUGACAGUGAUGCCAAGGAGAUCAAGAACGCCGAGAAGGUCCAGCUCCGCAGCUUCAGCACCAACAACCACCGUGUUGGCACUCUUGUCAGCUACCGACUGGCUGAUUAA